AGUUUUAAAUUUUGAUCAAGUUCAUUCUGUAUAUUCUUUUCCGUUCAUAUUUAUGAUAUGAUUUUAAAGAUGCGUGUUCUAACAAAGCUGGAGGUUAGUGGUUUAGGUCUGUAUUUUUCUUUUUCUUUUUGAAAUAAUUUACAUGUGCAGUUUUGAUUAUUAAAAAGGUGACUCUAGUUGGUUUCACAGUGUUUCGGUGGUUUUCUGACUUUCUAGUGAUGGAAUUUCGCAGCCACACACCUCCUUUAAAGCUAUUUGGAAAUCUCUUUCUGACGAUUGUAUUCAUAUGACAUACAGAUAUCUUUAGUAACUUUUUCACUUUUUUCCUUAGCAAUAUUUUUCUAUGUUCAUCCAAUUGUCUGCAUAUUCUAAUAUCGUUACCUCGAAAGUAUUAGCUCUUUUGUACCUACAUGAAUAUUUUUCUAAUUUUACACACCCAGAAGCUAGAAUUGUGCUGCUUAGUAGCCUUUAUGUUUCUCAUGUCCUUUUGCAAAUGUAUACAAGGGGUCUCAAGAGGUCUCGCUUGUGGCUGUAUUGAGUAUAUGGAUUCCCAUCCUUUGCAUUUAAAACUAAAGCACAUCUAAGUUGUCUUCUGUUGGAUUUUUCUAGCUGCUUUUGUUUUGGAUUUUCUGAAGAUGGGACUAGCACUUGGUUGUCUUCAAGUGGACCAGUCACUUGUUGCUAUCAAAGAAAAUUUUGGGAAGUUUGAUGAUGUGCUUGAGCCUGGUUGCCACUGCGUGCCCUGGUUCUUUGGUAGUCAGGUAGCUGGUUACCUUUCUUUGCGAGUGCAGCAGCUAGAUGUUCGAUGUGAGACAAAGACAAAGGACAACGUUUUUGUCACCGUGGUUGCUUCUAUCCAAUAUCGUGCCCUGCAAGACAAGGCAGUGGAUGCUUUUUACAGACUUAGCAAUACCAGAGAACAGAUACAAGCCUAUGUUUUUGAUGUUAUCAGGGCAAGUGUUCCAAAGAUGGAUCUAGAUUCCUCAUUUGAACAGAAGAAUGAAAUUGCAAAAGCUGUGGAGGAAGAACUUGAAAAGGCUAUGGCCGUUUAUGGGUAUGAGAUAGUUCAGACUCUUAUUGUGGAUAUUGAACCAGAUGAGCACGUGAAGAGAGCCAUGAAUGAGAUAAAUGCUGCUGCAAGACUGAGGGUGGCUGCCAAUGAGAAAGCUGAAGCUGAGAAGAUAUUGCAAAUUAAAAGGGCAGAAGGUGAUGCAGAGUCGAAGUAUUUAGCAGGUCUUGGAAUAGCUCGCCAGCGCCAAGCCAUAGUAGAUGGGUUGAGGGACAGUGUGUUAGCCUUCUCUGAGAAUGUACCUGGGACAACAUCAAAGGAUGUCAUGGACAUGGUUCUAGUGACCCAAUAUUUUGACACAAUGAAAGAGAUUGGUGCAUCAUCAAAAUCCAAUUCUGUCUUUAUUCCACAUGGACCCGGUGCUGUAAGAGACAUAGCCUCACAAAUUAGAGAUGGUCUUCUCCAAGGAAGUGCAGCUGAGUAGUCUGAAAUAUCAGGAGUUUGACUUUGUCGGUGCAAACCAGUAUGUGGAAAUUUUUUUGGGUGACCUUUUCCAAGUUUAGUUGUGUUUGUUAGUAUGCCACUUAUGCACCUGCUCAUUUUCUAUCCAUCUCUGGUCUUUCGUGACCGUGAAUACUCAAAAUAUGGUAGUGGUGGUUACAGUUAUUUUCUAAUAAUUAGACAAUAUAUUGAUGUAUUGCAUGAAUAUGGAAUAACCAGUACUAUUGGCGACUUUGUAUAAAUGCCUUUCUGUGUAAAUACAUCUUGUGACAAUUUUUAUUUCAUAUUGAUGUUGACAUAGUGACUUAUGAAUAAAUGCAUCUUGUUAUUUUUUA